UUUGAUUUCUUCUCUCUGUUGUUAAUCCUGAAUCAUCUUUCUCGUCAUUCAAUUUCUGUUCCUAGUUCUCUUCUUGACUCAUCAGAUUUUGUUUUCCAGUUUUUUACGCCAAAGGGUUCUCGAAAAUGGACGAAUUUGGCGUUUUGGUUGAGAGCAUUGGAUUUAGAGCAGGUGGGAAAUCUGCCCCAUUGGCCGAUUUGAAGAGCGAAGCUAAAUCAUCAUCAUCAUCAUCAUCAUCUCUAGUUAAUAAUCCUCCUAAACAGGUAUAUAGUUCAAAAUCCGGUAAUGGGUCGUUUGAUAUUGAUUUAGAUGGGUUUUUCGGAUCAAAUAACGAUCGGAAGACCCAAAAUCAUGAUGGUUUCGAUGAUAUUUUCGGCCAACCGAUAAAAUCUUCGAGUAAGGACGGAUUGAAUUUCAAUUUUGCGAAGAAGAAGCCGGUUCUGAAUGAUAUGUUCAGUGGAAUUCCAACGUCAAAGAAAGCGACACCGCCGGUUGAGGAUGAUGAUGAUUUUUGGAUGAAUUCUGCACCAAAGUAUCAGAGUGCUCCAGAUGAUGACAUGUUUGGUAAUUUUGUGGGAUCUGCUUCUAAUACUGGUGAAAAGGAUUUUGAAAACGAUUUGCUACCGGGUUUCAGUAGCAGUACUAGUUCUGCAAGGAAUGAAGGGGUAGAUUCAAAGGAAAGCUGGUCUCCAUUUUCAAGCUAUAUGUCUGCAGAACCAACUCCAUUAACAAAAGAUCCAUUUGAUAUACUUGAGACAUCUUCUUCCAAAUCAUAUAUAUAUUCUAAAUCACUAGGUCAUGAUUCAAAGAGGAAUUCAGUUUUGUCUUCAGCUGAUGAACUUGAAGACUUUGCCAGUGCUAAAGUCUGGAGUAGACAAAAUAGGACUUCUGAGUAUCCCAAACAGGAGAACUGGGGAAGUGGAACAGCUGCAGAUGAUCUGGAUAUCUUUUUUAAAAAGGAUUUGAAAUCCAACAACGGUUCUAAGCCUCAUUCUGUGACCAAGGACCCUGUUUGUGAUACAUUGUUCCAGAAGAAAGAUACUGGAGCAAGACAGAAUUCUCCUUUAACAACAACAAUCAGAAUGAAUUCAAUGCCAAAUAUGGUUGAUGAUUUCUCUUUUAUGUUUGGAGGUGGUGUCCCUUCUGCUGAAGAAUUUCAGGAAAUUGAGGGAGAAAGUGAAGAGAGACGCAAAGCCAGACUAAACCAGCAUAUGAGGACACAACAGCGAAUGGCAAAAGCCUUGGAAGAAAAGAACAAGCGCGACCAUGAGACUAGAUUGGAGCAAGAAGAGAGGCAUAGGAUUGGUGGUGCUCUGGAUGAAGAUAUAAAGCGUUGGGCUACAGGAAAGGAAGGCAAUUUGCGGGCACUGUUAUCCUCACUGCAGCUUAUUCUGUGGCCGGAAUGUGGUUGGCAGCAGGUGUCUUUGAUAGAUCUGAUUACUUCUGUUUCUGUGAAAAAGGUUUACUACAAGGCUACCUUAUGUGUCCAUCCUGACAAGGUUCAACAGAAAGGAGCUAGUCUUCACCAAAAGUACAUUGCUGAGAAGGUUUUCGAUAUUCUCAAGGAAGCUUGGAAGAAAUUCGAAUUGGAUGAGCUUAGAUGAUUCCUGGUUAUGCAAGAAUUAUGUCCUUAUAAAAGAAGUUGCAUAUAAUGGGUUGUUGUAGAUUUGGGAAAGAUUGGUUUCUCAGCUGAAAGAAGACACUAUGGUAAAGAUUUUGAUUGUUCGGGAGGUUAGUUUCAGUAAGGGCAUUCGUUGGAUCGAUGAUCGAUUAGUUUCAGUAAAAGGGCAUUAGUUGUAAUGAUGGUUUAGAGCCACACCAGGCAGCUUGAUGUAAUUGAAUAUGGAUUGAGCUAUAUUAGAUCUGAAAUCAUGUGCUAUUGGUGUUCCAUUAUAGUUUGAUUUUUCUUUUAGUA